GAGAGAGCAAGUCAGAGAGAGAGAGAGGGAGAGAGAGAGAGAGAGAGAGAGAACAGAGAAACAGACACGAACAGCAAAGACAUCCGUCUUCUCUUCCCGCACUACAGCAGCCCCAGUGUUCAGCCCUUACUGCCGAGACAGUGGACCACACAGUUUAUACACAGCCCAGUGACCAGGUCCAGGACAGAUGACAUGCAGUCUCAGCGGCAGGUGGAAAUCCAGGACCAUCUGAACGGCUCGCGGAUCGUCUUCUCAGACGAUGGCGCCCACGGGCCGCUGCAGCAGUACCGCCACUCCCCUGACCUGACCCAGGAGGUGGUGAUCUCCCCCGGGCUCCCCACCCCACCGCUGAGCCCCUACCGCACCUGCACCCUCAGCCCCAGCCACCCCUCCCAGGUCUCAGAGACCAAUGGCAGAGGAUCACCAACACUCAGCUUCGGUUCAUAUUACGGACCCCCAAAAUCUCACGGGACCCUGGUAAAUGGUGUGCAGGGUUUCUCUGCCACUCUGCCCCGGAGGUCUACCCCGGCCGAAGAGAGGCUGAUCAAGUUCUCAGGCAUUGGCCCUGUGGAUGAGACUGGAAUGCCUAUCGCUUCCAGAUCUAGUGUGAACAAACCAAAGGACUGGUACAGGAGCAUGUUCAGACAGAUCCACAAGAAACCACCAGAGCCUGACCUGGGGGACUCCAGGCUGUGGUCGGAGGACAGGAGUCCUGACCCCCCCAGACACCCCCCCAGAGACCCCCCCACCGUGGUUCUUGUGGAUGGAUAUGUGGACGGGAAGGACCUGUUCACUCUCACCCCGUAUGGCGCACUGCCUGACUGGAGUGAGCUAGGGGAUGGAGACAAUCAGUCCAACGGAGGGAGAAGGCACCCUGAGCCCAGGAGCAUAUUCGACUUUGAGCCGGGGCAGAGUGCCCACUCCGAGGACCGCACGCAGGGCCACCGUCCCACCCAGCAGUCCCUGGUGAAGCCACGAUCCCCCUCCAUUGAGGCCAGUCUGGUCUCAGAGCUGAGCCGCUUUGAGGCGGAGCUGGACUCGGACAUCCAGGGUCUAGAGAGGAGGCUGUCUCAGAAACGACAGCGGCGAGGCCGGGGUGAGGGCUCCAGGGUCUCUGUCCCAGCCACUGCACCAAGCACAGGGAGCACACAAGAAGCAAGGCCUGGGACCACAACAAAGCAGCCUGUGACUAAAAGCUGGGGAGUGGCACCUGUCACUCAUCCAACAGUCCCCAGCUUCAGCGCUGCACAAAGGACAUCAUCCAGCCCCACACAUGGUAGAGUAAGCAGAAUGUGCUCCAUGUCCUCAUCCCCCCUGCCCCCACCUACAGUCAAUACUUCUUCUUCGCCUGAAGCCAUGGAGUUCCCACCCAAGAGAGAAGAGAAGAAGAUGAAAGCAGCAAGGGCCAAGUUCAAUUUCCAAGCGCAGUCACCCAAAGAGCUGACCCUGCAGAAGGGGGAUGUGGUGUACAUACACAGGCAGGUGGACGGUAACUGGUUUGAGGGAGAGCAUCAUGGGAGAGCCGGAAUCUUUCCGACCACCUAUGUGGAGAUCAUCCCCCCGACCGAGAAGCCCACACCUAUCAAGUCUCCCACCAUCCAGGUGCUGGAGUACGGGGAGGCAGUCGCUCUCUUUAACUUCCCAGCAGACCUGCCUGUGGAGCUCUCCUUCCGAAAGGGAGAGCACAUCUGUGUGACCAGGCGUGUCGAUGACAGUUGGCUCGAGGGCAGGAUCUCAGGCACCUCCCGCAGCGGCAUCUUCCCUGCCAGCUACGUCCAAGUCAACAAGAUGCCUCGCACCAAAUCCUCGGACGAGUACCCUUCCUCGCCCGGCUCUCCCUCGCCCCUCAGUCCGGGACGGCCUCUCCACUCGCCCCUCUCCCCCUCUGCCUUCAGCCCCAACCGCAGCCCGCAGGCCUCGCCCGUGAAGCCUCACUCCCCGACCCCCCAGGCCCCAUCGUCCCCGGGCCCCUACGGAGCGGCCGGCCUCCGGUCACGCUCGCCCCAGUCCCCCAUACAGACCGCGCUCUCCAACCAGGCCUCCAACCAGGCCUCCAAUCACUGGCCCGGCUCCUCCCCCGUCUCCACCUCCCCCACUCCGCAGGCCAACCACUGGAGCGGGACGCACCCUGCGGCCCAAAACUCCUUCAGCCGAGAGGCCAGUCUGCCGCUGGCGCCGUCCAAUCAGGCAUCGGGGGCUCCCCAGCGGGGAGGAGCCAUGUCCAAUGCCACGUCCAAGCCAGGUUAUUCCACUCAGGAUGGACCAAUCACAAACUCCGUCCAGCCCAGCCAGCACAGCAAGGCUCCACCCACAGCACAAGUCUCUGCCAAUCCAAGCUCCUCAGUGGUCCAACGGCAACCGUAUAAAGCCAUUUAUAACUACAAGCCCCAGAAUGGUGAUGAGCUGGAGCUACGAGAAGGAGAUAUUGUGCAGGUGAUGGAGAAGUGUGAUGACGGCUGGUUUGUAGGUACAUCAGAAAGGACUCAAGCUUUCGGGACAUUUCCAGGGAACUACGUGGCACUGGUCUAAGUGAUUAUCACUGUCCACCUGCUUCAAAACAUGUUGGACUAAAAUAUCUGACUAUUUAUACAAAUUUGCUUUAAGCAGCAUACAAAUCACAGUAGCCAGAUAAGCACUAAUUACACUUUCUCACCCUCCGUCCAUCUCCCUUCUACAGCUUCAUAGAAUCAUUGUCUGCAUGCACAACUGACCAGGCGACCAAAGUGGCCACUCUUUGCUUUUGGCAUGUUGGCCGUAUCACAUACCGGACUUGUAGUGUCUUUCUACAGCUGCUUGAACCAGGCUCCAAGAUGUAGGGUCUUACAAGGACGAUGUCAGGUGCUACAGAAAAGUAACCCCCACCAGCACCAGCCUUGCACCAGUACUGCAAAAACAUUCCUUUGGAUUGGAUUAAAACUACAGCCUUUUUGAACUUUGGGAUUUUGUAUUGCCCAUGGAUUAUCAAGCCAUCUGUAAAACAUAUUGAACUCAAGAAGUAUAAAUCAUUCCAGGUUUCACACUAAACCAAAUGUUCUUUCAGGAUUCAGUUGUGAGCCAAUAUUCCAACUGAUAACAAAGUGCCUUUAUUUUGAACAAAAAUACCCAGAUUGCAUCAUUCUUAUGAGGUGUCUACCUUUCUCAGUGUUUUCAAUGUCAUGUAAUGGAACAGAAGAAAGUGCCUUUUGAAAAUUUUGAUAAGUUUUUUUUGGGAAAUGUGGCAUAUUUACCCAUCGAGCUGAGUAUUGCUGAUUUACACGAUAACAGCUUGUGUUCUUUAAAAAAAUAACGAAAAAAGUGAGCUGUGCCAAAUUUAGUUCCUUUUAAUCCAGGAUAAUAGAACACUUUGGAAACACGCAACAUGUCUGUCUUACACCAUGUCUUCUGAUCGGUUACGUUCAACGACUUGCUUUGCUUUAUGAACUAAGUGAUAUUUAAUCUAUAAUCCUGACUGCAGUGUUUGAGAAAGUGGCAGGACCAGAGAAAGUGAUUAAAUGAAAGCGAAAGCUGAUAGCCUUCUAGAAGGACAGAAUGACACUUGUGCCAAGUCGCCAAUGGUUACGUGAUCCAGGAUGAGUUCAAUAAUGAAAAUGUAACAGGGUCAUCAAUUUGGACCAGAGAAGAGACCAAUCACAGAGCAGGAUGAGGGCAUAACCAGAGCCUUCCACUGGACUGAUGGAAUUUAAAUGGAAUUGUAACCCAGGUAUCAUGCUUAAAAACCAUCUUUGUAAUGUGUUUGUAUUCCUGUAUAUCACAUGCACCAUUCAUGCUUACUGUCCCAGUUUGUGAUCAAAUUCCCAAAGGCAAUGAAGCAGAAAACAGCAAAUUCCUCCAACAAAAGGGUCACAAAAUACACCUGAUUUCAUUAUGGUUGCUUUGUACUGGAGCACAUGUGUUUGUUUACCAGCAAUGAGGUGUGUAUUGAUUUAAAAAUGAACAGAUUAGGUCUGAUGAAUACAUAUAUUACUUAAAACUGCUAAUCAUAUAGGCUUGUGCAAACCUAUAAUCCAUGCUAAGAUGCAAGCAAGACAAGCACUGAGCCUUUACAUGGCAGUGGACUUUUGCCUUGUGUUGUCACAAUAUGUGCUUGGUCAUAGUCUGCUUCUCUGUGCCUUCUCUCCAAUGUUCAGCCUUUUAACAAAUAAGAGCCUAAUUCUCAUAUUGGACAUAUUCAGGACCUCCAGGAAGAAAAGUAUGGAAUGACAUAAAAUACAAAAUGGUGACACAGAUGAACACAUAGCAAAAUCUCAAAGAGUUAUGCAUUUUUUUGACUUUUUUAUCUAGCUGAAUAAAAACAAAGCAAACAUAGUUUGGUUCCUGGCUGUACCAGAUAUAGAGUAGUGCAGACACUGCAACUUUAAAUCAGUUAAUAAAUUACAGAAAUAAAUAAUAUAUUUUAUUGGCAACAGAAUGUAUUGCAUUAUCUAAGGUACUCAUAUAUUUGGAUGAUAAUCAAAUAAAAUGUACUCAAGUGAUGGAAAACCACCCAGUUGUCAUUCAUGAGGUCAGUGUGUCCUUUUAUUUUGAGACCUUUUUGAUACAGACCUGCUUAAAUAUACAGAAUUAUCUUAUCUGCUUACCAUAUGCUUGUAUUUAGCAGAUUUGCCACAGAAAUCCAUCACAGUUAAUUAGCCGUUCUACUCAACUGUACAGUUGGGGAAAAAAUAUAAACUCAGUGAGCAAUUUAUUAGGUAUUUAUUAGACUUAUUGGUCUUCUGCUGCUGUAGCCUAUCCACUUAAGAGGUUUGGUGCACUGUGUGUUCAGAGAUGCUCUUCAUACCAAUGAGCAGGAUGUUUUUUGUUUUUCGCACCAUUCUCUGUAAACUCUAGAAACUGUUGUGCGUGAAAAUCCCAGGAGAUCAGCAGUUUCUGAGAUAUUCAAACCAACAAUCAUUCCAUGUCUGCAUGCUUUCAUGCAUUUAGUUGCUGCCACAUGACUGGUUGAUUAAAUAUUUGCAUUAACAAGCUGGUGUACAGGUCUACCUAAUAAAGUGCUCCGUGAGGGUA